AUGUCGGGCAGUACCAACAGGCACCACCAUUCUGGUUCAUUUUCAGGACAUACCGCAGGCCCUACCCAGCAACAACCGUCAGCGUCCCACCACGCGCUGGAGAGCCACGAGGGCAAGGACUUUUCGAAGCGUCCAGUUCCGCAGGUCCCCCCACCCGCGACGCACAAGCCAUCCGAUCACGACUUCUACGUAUACGACGGUGGAGAGCGCAAAGUCAAUCAUGAGUAUCUCAAGAAACACUUUUACCGCGAGGGACGUUUGACCGAGGCGCAGGCGCUGUAUAUCAUUGAGCACGUCACCAACAUUUUCUCAAGGGAGCCAAACAUGGUACCGCUCAAAAGUCCAGUAACAAUAUGUGGAGAUAUACAUGGGCAAUAUUACGACCUAAUGAAGAUGUUCGAAGUGGGAGGGAAUCUGCAGGACAGUUUGUAUCUUUUCCUGGGAGAUUAUGUCGAUCGGGGGGACUUUGGUAUUGAGUGUCUACUGUAUCUGUACGCUCUCAAGAUAUCCAGUCCAUCGCGGAUAGUGCUACUGCGGGGGAACCACGAAUGUCGACACCUUACAGAAUAUUUCACCUUCAAGCGUGAAUGCCUCCACAAAUACUCGGAAAAAGUAUACGAAGCGUGCCUGCGUUCGUUCUGCGCCCUUCCUAUCUCCGCUUUGGUUGACGGCAAGUUUUUCUGCGUGCACGGAGGCAUCUCACCAGAGCUCAUCAAGCUCAGCGACCUUGACCACAUAAAUAGAUUUACGGAACCUGGGUCGCAUGGAUUGUUGUGUGACCUGUUGUGGUCGGAUCCGAUCGUCAACUUUGGGCAUGAGAACGAGCCUGCGCCCACGGGGCAGGGCGUCACUCCAGGGACGACGUUCAUGCACAACAAUACUCGCGGAUGUUCGUAUUUCUACACCUAUGAAGCUGUCUGCCAAUUCCUGGAGCGGAACAACCUACUCACUGUUAUUCGCGGGCACGAGGCGCAAGACGCAGGCUACACCAUGCACCGCAAAACACCGAAACGCAACUUUCCCUCCGUGAUCACCAUAUUCUCCGCCCCCAACUACCUCGACGUGUACCACAAUCGCGGCGCGAUCCUCAAGUACGCGAAUAAGAACAUCACAAUUCGGCAGUAUAACUCCACAGCACACCCCUUCUGGCUACCGAAUUUCAUGGACGCGUUUACGUGGAGUUUGCCAUUCGUGGGGCAGAAGAUUACGGAGAUGUUGCUUGCUAUUUUGAGUAUAUGCAGUAACGACGAGCUGGCGGAGAGCGAUUCGGAUGGCGAAGAGGCACAGGCGGCGCCUGCAGAUCUCGCUGCACGGAGACAACUCAUCAAGAACAAGAUUUUGGCGGUGGGUCGGAUGCAGAAAGUGUUCCAACUGCUUCGAGAGGAGGCAGAAAACGCGACGGAGCUGGAUGGUGUCACGGCUACCUCGACAGCUGUCAGUAAACCCGGUGCAGAUGCACUGAGUGUCCAGGGCGCGAGACUGAACAAGAGUAUUCGAACUUUUGCAGACGCUCGCCGCUCAGAUAUGGCAAACGAACGUCUGCCCGAGUUCAACGAGCAGCAAAAGCCGACUAUCUUCCCAGUGCCGAGCAUGCGCAACACGAGCCGGCGGUCGUCCGCCGAAGGCUUGGACAUGGAGGACCUCAUCAAGCGCGCGCUCGAAGACGACUCGGUUGUCGACGACGGCGGCGUCGUCGAGAUGCUUGCGGAGAAGAUUGCGCGCGGGCGGAGUGUGACAGGCAGACCAGGGGCGUUGAAGAGGCAUGAGACGACUUAA